AUGACCAAGGAUAAUUUAUUCAGAAAAUUAGAUCAUGAUCCCACAAUACAAAAAGAAGAUAAAUUAACACGUUACUUAUUAAAGCUACAUAAAGAAGGAUUAAUUAGUGAAUCUGAUUACAAAGCAGCAAGACCAUGUGGUUCACGUCCAGCUCGACUAUACGGCUUACCGAAAACACACAAGCCAAAUCUACCAUUGAGACCCAUCAUGUCCUCCAUCAAAACCUUCAAUUAUAAGCUAUCCAAAUGGCUAGCUGAACUUCUACAACCUCUUCGUAAAAGUUCUUAUACCAUUAAAGACACGUUUGAUUUUAUCAAAUUAACAAAAACAUUUAAUACACAAUAUUCAGAAAAACAAAUGGUAUCAUUCGACAUACAAAAUCUUUAUACGCAAAUACCAAUAGCACAAACAAUACAAAUUAUUCUCAGCAAAAUGUAUCCACAUAUAACACAAAACCACCAAUGUCAAAAACAAGUGCACAGUACUAAACAUUUUUGCCCUAACUGUCUGAAUCGGGAAACACUAAAAACAUUAUUAGAGAUGGCUACAACACAGUCACAUUUUCUGUUCAAUAAUCAAUUAUACGAACAAAUAGACGGCCUUUUUAUGGGCUCACCACUGGCUGCUAUAAUGGCUGAUAU